UUGCGCCACCUACAGCCCGGGAGGGUGGGCGUCAUGGCGGCUUCUGGGCCGCUCCCGGUGACCCAGGACCUGUCCACGUUGCAUGCCAAGUUGCAGGGGCUGCUGCGGUUCCUGACGGAAGCCCUGUCCAUUUCCAGUGCACAUACGGUGGACUUCUACACGGAGUCCGUGUGGGAGCAAGUGGUCGACUUGCCCCCGGAGACAGUGCUGGCGGCGCUGAGAUCGGCGGCGGAGGCGGAGGCCCAGCCCUCGGAGGCGCGCCUCCAGGUGGAAGCCGAGAGUGGAUCAGAUAUUACUGAUUUUCCGAAAAUAUUUUGUGAAACUUCCCAGAAGCUGGUGAGUGUGGAAGCCUUCGCUCUGGCUGCUAAAUAUUAUUCUGUACAAAACUUGGGAAUAUGUACUCCUUUUGAACAGUUGCUUGUAGCCCUUCGUGGAAAUCAAAAACAGAGAACUGGUGAAAAUGUGAAGCCAGAUGAGUUUAUGAAUUUGAAAAAAUCUCAUGAAGUUCAGGCAAUGUCAGAGCUCAUCGGCAGUGCUGCUGAUUACUGUGGAAUAAAGCAGAUAAUUGACCUGGGUUCUGGAAAAGGCUAUCUAAGCUCCUUUUUGUCCUUGAAGUAUGGCUUAAAAGUUUAUGGAAUUGAUUCCUCAAAUACCAAUACUCACGGAGCUGAGGAGAGAAACAGGAAACUGAAGAAACAUUGGAAAGUCUAUCGUAGGCGGUCAAAAUUAGAUGUCAAUGGACUGGCAUUACAAAUGACAAAAGAAAGGAAAGUGCAAGAUGAAAUUAAAUUUAAAGCCGAUAUUGAGGGAGUAUGUAACAGCAGUACUGCAAAUCAAGAAAAGAUGUCGACCUCGGACUUUCUGCAAGAUUUUUCAGGCUCUGUAAUUUCUAAUAUCAGAAAACAAAUGGAAAACCUACAUGUUUAUUCACAUCGAGAAGAAAAUUUGUGUUUUGAAAAUGCCUUUUCUCUUAGGGACCUUUUGCCUAUUAAUGCCAUAGAACCUACUUCUUCAUCCCAUAUACCCAAGAGAAAAAUGUCUGAAGGAAAUAAAGAGAGAAGAAAAAUGACAUCAAAGUCAAAUGAAUCCAAUAUAUAUUCACCUUUAACAUCUUUUAUCACUGCUGAUUCAGAACUACAUGAUAUUAUUAAAGAUCUGGAGGAUUGUUUUAUGGUAGGUCUGCAUACUUGUGGUGAUCUUGCUCCAAAUACUCUGCGAAUAUUUACUUCCAAGUCUGAAAUCAAGGGGGUUUGCAGUGUGGGUUGUUGCUACCACCUCUUAUCUGAAGAGUUUGAAAACCCACAUAAAGCUGCAGAAUGUACCCAAGAAAAGUGGGGAUUUCCAAUGUGCCACUAUUUAAAGGAAGAGAGAUGGUGCUGUGGCCGGAAUGCCAGAAUGUCAGCAUGUUUGGCACUGGAGCGCGUUGCAGUCGGCCAAGGGCUGCCUACUGAAUCACUCUUCUAUCGUGCCGUACUUCAGGAUAUUAUUAAAGAUUGUUAUGGCAUCACCAAAUGUGAUCGGCAUGUUGGUAAAAUUUAUUCCAAAUCCUCUUCCUUUCUGGAUUAUGUCAGAAAGUCUCUAAAGAAGCUUGGAUUAGAUGAGUCCAAGCUGCCAGAAAGAAUUAUAAUGGACUACUACGAGAAGUACAAGCCUAGAAUGAAUGAGCUGGAGGCUUUUAAUAUGUUGAAAGUUGUUCUGGCUCCUUGCAUAGAGACACUGAUUCUUCUGGAUCGACUUUGCUACCUGAAAGAGCAGGAUGAUAUUGCGUGGUCUGCACUUGUGAAGUUGUUUGAUCCUGUGAAAUCUCCCAGAUGUUAUGCCAUUAUUGCACUGAAGAAGCAGCAGUGAUUUCAAUUGAAGCAAGGUGGAAGGUGGUGCUAAAGCACACUGAAGAGCAAUAUUGGGGAGAAAACUAAAAAUUCCAUUUCAGAUAUGUUGAGUGCAGGAUACUUUUGAGAAAUUCAAGGAAUAUUAAAGAAACACGUCUAAAAGGGUCUGUAGAACAAAGGGAAAGCAUGGAUACAAAUGUAGAAGUUAUCAACGUAUAGAUGGAAAUUGAAGCUAGAACAUGGAUGAGAUCACUCAGUGCAAAAAGCGUAGGGAGAAAAGAAUGGAGAAACUAAAACUCCAAUAUGAAGUUUCUGUAGAGAAGUGUGAACAACAAAUGCGGCUGCGAAAGCACAUCCAGAGAUAAAGCAGAAGGACCAGGAGCAGAUCAUCAUGUGAAUCAAGGAAGAGGAUAUUUCAAGGCCUAUGGAGUAACCAAUGGUUGGAAGCAUUUGAAAGAUCCAGUAAGAAGAGAACGGGAAAAUUCCCAUUGAAGUCCGUCAUUGACAUUUUUUGUGAAAGAUUUUUCAGAAUUUUGAUGGAAGCAGAAGCCAGAAUAAAUGGCCGAGGGAUAAGUAUGAGGUAAGCUAAGUGAAGGAAGAAAGAAGGGUCUUCCAGGAGGAGGGACAGAGUGAUAGUGCUAUAAAUAGUGGUUAAAUGAAUGGGUUCUAGAGAGACUGAUCAGAGUUCAAAUCCCAGUUGUGUCCCUCACUUGCUGUGUGACCUUAGUUAGGUUAGUUAACUUAUUUGUGCUUCAGUUUUUCCAUCUGUCAACUGGGGGAAAAACAGUAACCACAUGCAGUUAUGAGCAGAAAGAGAUCAAGUAAUAGAGAUCCUUGUAUAUAGUAACGUCUCAAUAAGGAUAAGCAACAAUUAUUGUAAAAACAUGAGAGAGCAUGACUCCAUUAGGGGCUUGAAAGUUGUUUAAUGUGAAUGGUGAGUACGGAGAUAAGACCAGACAGGUUGACAGGGUCCUAGGCCUGGAAGCCGUGAAUGACAUGCCAAAGAGAUACAUUUCCUCUCAAGGCAUAAAAGGUUCAUUGAGGGAGUUUAGGAAGAGAGUGAUGUGAUUAUAGUUCUAUUUUAGAAAAAUCGCUCUGACUAUAUAGCCUACAGGAUGGAUUGGAGUAGAAUCAAGCUGAAGGCCAGGGCAGCAGUUAGGACCCCAUUUCAAAAACCUAAAUGAAAAGAGAUAAUGCCUUGAUUAGGGCAGAGGAAGUAGAAAUGGAAAAGAAAAAAGUUAAGUCAAGGAGGUAAAAUUAUCAUGACUUGGUUACUGAUUCUAUAUUGUAGGUGAGACAGAAUGAAGUCUAGGAUACUCACCCUUCACCUCCCCUCAAGUUUCUAGCCUGGGUGACUAGCUGAGUAUCACAGCCAUUUACUGAGGAAGAAAGUCUAAGAAGGAACAAAGGUCUAAGGGGUUGCUUAUUGUUCAAUUUUGGAUAUGCUGUGUCUGAUAAUACCCACAUGUUGAAGAUAUCCAAUAUGCAACCUGGAACCCAUAGGAAACUUUGAGCUGAAGAUCUAUUAAUGGUUGUUUAAAUCCUGACCGUUCAAGGGGUUACUGAGGAAGAAUAUCUAGAAAGAGAAGAAUGUUGAAAAAAAUGUCAUUCAGAGAGAUUAUCUAGGAAAAUAACAUUAGUUGACAACAGACAAAUGUUAAAUCUUCUUGGGAAUUUCUUAGAAGACAAAUGAUGGCAACUGCUAUAGCCAGCUAACAUCCAGCUUCUUUUAUUCAACAGUGGAGAAUUUACGAUGAGAUGGGGAGUGGGGACCAGGGGGAAGGCUAACCCCUCUCUCCUCCACUCAGCCUCCCAGCCUCGCCUCACGGUCCAUGUGAUGUGAGAAAAUAAGCAUCCGGCACUGGAGAGAUUGGCAAGUGGUUCCUUGAGAGUUAACCAAGCUUCAGGGUGGUAGGUGUUUGGUGAAUAAGGUGAUAGUAUAGGGUCAUUGGUUUUCUCUAAAUAAGGAUUUCCAGAAGCCCAUGGUGGAAAGGACCACAGCAAUGGGAGAAUGAGUGAGAAGGGGGAAGAACACAGUAGGUUACAUGUAAGAGCAUGAGCGGACAAGAUGAUGGGUGGUGCAUGUGUUUUGUCCACUCAGGCCAGGUGAAGGCAUGUAGUCCAAGCUUUUGGUAUUUCAAACAGAGGCCAUGAGAGGCCUCCGAUGGUCACUUUCUGUCUCUGCACAUGAUAAUUACCUCAUCCCAGGCAGUAGAUGUUGCACACUUAGCCCAAGUCAAACCCUUUGCCUUACCUUUUUGCCUGGUGAGCUCUGCUCACGUUUCACAACCCAUCUGAAAUAUCACCUUCUCAGGAAAAACCAGGACUCUCAUUGAGCACAUAAUGGAUAUUGACAGGAUAUUAAGCAGUUAAUGGGAAAAUGAUCACACUAAAACAAUAAUAAUAAUAACAUUGAGCCUUGAAUUGGGAAGCCUAUGUUCUAUUCCUGGUUUUGCCACCAAGUAUGUGACCCUGGGCAAGUCACUUCACCUCUUCAGGUCUCAGUUCCUUUAUUUACAUAAUGAGAGAGUUUAUAUAAUGAGAGUCAAUGAGAGAAUUUACAUAAUGAGAGUCAAUGAGUUCUGUGAUAUUUUAUAAGUAGCCCAUGACACCAUGGCCAUCGCUAGGUUGAGGGACAGAAUGCAGACUGGGUGGGCUGCCCCAGAAUGCUGGUAGGGCUGACAGAAACCCCUGCUGAUAGAUCAGCAUUACAGAUCAUUCCAAAGAAAGCUAUACCAUAAAGGAAGCCUACUAGCAGCCUGGCUUUCCUUGGUGUGCUGCCCUCAACAGCAGAGCCUGCUCAGUCUUAAAGGACCAGGACAGUUACCCUACUUUGGAUUCUCUAUGGGAUCUGUGGUUAUCUCAGAAUCUGCAGAAUCAUUCAAUUAUCAGUUAACUCUUAGGGAGGAGAGAAGUGAAGGAGUGAAGGGGGAAAGACUUUGCAGAGUGGACUUCAGUGCUCUUUGCCAAACUCUUACCUUUCCUACAAUUUACCCACAUCACUUCUCCUUCCCUCCCUCCCACGGUCUUAUUCAAAGGGAUCCCUUCUCCUUUUUCUAAGUGUAGUUCUGUUAUCUGUGUUCAUAGGUCCAAACCUACUGCUCUAGUACAGAACAAGGGCAAAUAACUAAAUAAUAAUCAUAUGUUUGAGAAGGAAAAGAAAGGACAACCACCACUAGACUCUGUCCUGUAUCAACAUCACCCCCCUUCCUUUAUAUUAUAAAGUUUGAAGUAAAAAUCCUGAUUAAGGGGAAGCCACAGCUCUAUGUCUCCAGUUCCUUCCCUCAUUCACUGCCAACUCACAGCAACCAGAUCCCUCCCCCAAUCCCAGCAACUGGCAACCACACCACCAGAUCCACAGGAUACUUUCUUGACUAUAUUACCGUGUCUGCCAUUGUUGAGGAACCCCUUCCGUAAACUUUCUAAAACUACAGAUAUCAUUCAGCCUAAGUAACCACAUUUUUUUUCUCUUUGCCCAUAUCUCCUGUCAAAGGGGUGAACACAGACAGCCAUGUUUUAUACCCAAGACUCUUAGGACCGCUGGUGAUGGGAGCAUGAGUACACACCUGGUCAAGGCAACCUAGAUCCUUGAUGUGACCUGAAGAGAGGUUAGACCUGUCAGAUUCUCCCUUUCUCAGGAGUUUGAAAUAGACAAAAGUAUGGGGUGGAAGUUGAAAAGUCAUGGUAUAUAAAGAGAUUCUAGGGGCAGUGUUUGACCAUGUGAAGCCAAAGUUAUGAGGGUCAGAAACUGAAUGAGCAGAGAAAGAGGUCAUUAGAGAGAAGAGAUAAAGUCAAUACACAGAAACAGGAAGGCCGUAAGAUUCAGGGAGAUGGAGAGAACAUCUGACCCCCAAGAGUUGCUUCCCAGAAGCCAAAAGAGCCACUGCUCCUAGACUGUUCUCCUUCCACUAUCUGUUCUCUCUCUGCCUUCUUUGAAGCCUCUUCUCUAUUUGUCCUUUAAGUAUUAGUCUUUUCCAUUGAAGGCUCUGUCCUUGGGCCUUUUUCAUUCUACACACUUUCCAUGGGACAUGGUCCUGGCUCCCAAAAGGACCUGUAUCUGAUGGUGCUCAGAUCUGAAUUUCUAGGCUACCUCUCUAGGCUACCUCUCUCUCCUGAGCUCUAGACCUGUUUAUUCAUCUGCCUGAUGGACACUGCCACUCCCAUGGGCAUUCCACCAGCACUUCAAAAUCAACAUGUCUAAAAUUAAACUUCCGGUCAAACCUACUCUUCCUCUAAUACUCCUUUUCAGUGAAGUAAACUUUCAGCUGAAAACUAUAACCACCCUAGUGGUUAUAGUUUAUAUAUAUAUAUAUAGUUUAUAGGUUAUAACCACUAUAACCUCCUUGCAAUCCAUUGGAACGUUGUCAUGUUCAUUCAACCUCCUACCUUUCUCCUCACUGCCUCUCCUCUCCAGUCCCACUGCUACUAAGUUCAGAGCCUCAUAACUGCCCUUUGGUUUCCUUGGCAUGAGUGUCCUACCCCUGCUUAUAAUUCUUCUAUGGCUUUCCAGUUUUCCAACAGGAAAAUCCAAACUCUUAAGCAGGGCAUCCAAAUCUUCCAUGAUGCUUCCCUUGCCUAGUUCAUUCGUAUAGUCUUUCUCUGCACUCCAUCUAACCCCAGUUUCAAAUGAUCCAGACUUGCUGCAACUCCCACGGCAUCUCAAGUGUUGCCUCCAUCUGGACUUUGCUCUCACCGAUCCUUCUUCCAGGAAGGCUAGCAUCCCUUUCUCUUCCUGCCAACACUUUCCUGUGUUCUCCUUCAGUAUUUAUGAGCCUGCCCCCACAUUUAAAUACUCUUCUUUUAUUAUGCCCCAGUGGUACUCCGCACAGAUGACUGUGACAGCAUCAAUAUCACUUUAUCGUGCUUAAUUUUAAAAUGUUUGUAUUCCUCUCUUUGACCUAGAAGGGCAGGAAAUCUAUCAUUUUUACUGUUUGUCCUGUGCCUAGCAGUGAAAGCGUUCAGAGCAUGCUGGCGAGGAAAGGAAGGAAAUGAAUACACUGAUCCUCCAGGGGGAAGGAAACUAGCCUAUCCUCUGAGAGAAUCGAAUAAUGCCCAGUAAGUAAAGCCAUGAAAUUUUAUGGUCAUAAUUUAAAAUGUUCUCCAAAAAGAAAAGAAACAAAAAAACAAAAAAAACCCUCUCCUACAGAGGGCAAGAAAGAGCACCAUCCUCUUCCUCAGAAAGUAUAAUAUCACUUCAGCAACUGGAAGCAGGAGCCCCUCAAAGACAGGCAGCCUGUUUCCCAUAAGGAUAACUGAGCAAGAUGAAGCAAUUUCCUCAAGUAAACAGAAUCCCUCAAAAAUAUAAAGAUUUUUCAUCUACACCCCUAUCUUACCAAGAUGUGUGGGUGGAAUUUGCUCCAUUUAGACCCUGGUAAACAAAGUGAAAAAUAAAGCCCAUCACAAAGGAAUGGUCCCAGUGCCCCAGCAGACACAGGCAGGAAAGGCUCUGUCCCAGCUGCCAACAGUGCUGGAGAGUCAGUUGGUGCCUCACUAGCUGAGCAGCCCCUGCUGCUGGCCGGCUGAGGAAAGCCUUGAGGGAAUGUCUCUUCAUAAUUAAUCCAGGUGGGAGAAGACCUCUACCCCUCUAGACUGGGUCCCGUGGGCUGAAGUGUUGAAGGAGAAACUGGGAUGGUGAGCCUGUCCGCAGGUGUCCCUCCCAUUUGUACCAUGGUAUCUAAGCACGCUCUCAGGUACCACUCACUAGUCCAGGAGGGAAGGAACUGACUGAAGCCAAAGGAUGCACACUGAGAGAGCUCUUGGGUGGAAGAGGCGCUGAGGAAGGCACAAGAAGUGAGGAGGGGCCCUUCCGGAAGGGCUGCGUCAGCCAAGGGCUUUGCACCUAGUAACUUCUGUGGGGGGAAGAGGGAGCCUGAGAGAAAGAACUUUUGCCUGCCAGGAUAAAAUAGUAAAUGCAAGCUGAAUAUUCUCAUCAAGAGUGGGAAGCCGCUUGACUUCUGCAUGCUGAGAAGGAUUGUCUUCCGGACACAUCCGGGGGAGUUGGAAGGCAGGCCAUGCAUAUUUCCCCCGUUGGCCAUUCCUCUGCCCCAAGGCUGCAGGCAGAGGUAAGUUUCAUGCUUGCACAGGUUUCCUCUGUGUGAGUCUCUUCCCAUUCUGGUUAAUGCUUUCUUGUUCUCUAGGUUUCCUCAUAUGUGUCAAUUCCUGUGAGAAGCAGUGGCUGAUAUUCUGCCCAUACCUCCACCGCCACCCAGGCGAGGAGUAAGAACGUCAUCUAGGUGGCUGCCAUGUGGCGAGCACACAAACAGUACGUUGCCAGGCCUACUUCCUAUCUGCCUGCAAUUCUGGGCCGAAAUGACUCAAAGGCAGGAACCGUGAGAAACACCAUUGAAUCUCCAGAUUCUGACAUGGAGCAUUGUUCAGUCUCACAUGUUUAAUUAAGGUUUAUUGAACCUUUAUAAUAUAAAAUAUGUUAUAUAUCAUAAUUAUAUAUGGUAUAAGAUGAAAUAACCCAAAGCUUGUAAUAUUGCAGUGUUCUAAACUGAAGCAUAAAAGACACUCUGAAUGGACCUCUCAGGCUGGAGGACAGCCUAAGCAGUAUGUCUAUGAAAUGGGAAUACAAAGGGCAGAGCUAAACCAUUUCUAUGCCAGAGAGCCCUUGGGCCCCUUCUCAAGCAGUGUUUUUUAACAUAUAGUAAAAUACAUAAUUUGACAAAGGAAGCAAAUCAUAUAGAGAUAGUUAACAACAGAGCUUUUAAAAAUGAUAAUUUAGUAAUAUGUGUGUUUAUUACUCAUUAAAUAACAAGAUCAAGUAGCAGUUCUAAAAACUACUAUGGGGACUUCCCCGGUUGUCCAGUGGUUAAGAAUCCGCCUUCCA